AUGGCAGUGCCAGCUACUGAUGUGAUUUCAAUUGCUGAGCUCAUGAGCCAUCACCGUGGUCUCUUGGUUCAACCAAUAUGCUGGACUUCUCGUCAUCUGGAGAUGCUGAGAUGUCGGUUUGAGCACCUUGACCAUAUGCCAACAGACGACACCGAGCCUAUCUCAGAUGCAUGCCAACCAAUACCAAUCGAUCAUGGAAAAACGCUCGCAAAAUGGAGGGAGCCAACCUAUGAGGAAAUCUUUGCAAGCGGCCGCCAUUUUAUGAGGCGCGAGUCCUGCCUCCAAUAUCUCCUACCGCCCUUGCUUGACCGGAAAUGUGAAACACCGUAUUUCUUCUUUGCAAAUAAGAGGAUUCAUCGACCUCAGUACAGUGUGUUCUAUCGCGGUCGUAAACACAGUCAGCCAGCUGGCCAGGCACCACGGCUAACCCUCGGCUAUUUAGACUAUCUUGACGUUGAGCGUUGUCGCCAGGAGAUGUUUCCAGCUCGUUUCCCCACAGAAGAUAUUACUAACCGUCUCGGGGUAAGAAUUCAGCGAAAACGAGUAGCCCAAAUAACGCCAAAAAAUUGGAGCGAGAACCCAUAUCUGCUGUGUGCUCUUUUGGCUCUUGCACAGCUCCAGGAGCACCAUCGCACAGAGUUGCAUCCACCUAUUCACCUAUCCCGUCUGCUUUUGACAUACAAACCGGAUGAUAAAUUCUUCCAUGAAUUUGAAGCUCACAUCACCUCUGAGCUUCUUGAACUGCUUGACAACCCCAGUACUGCCACAAAGUGCAUAGACUGGCUGACCAUCAAUCACAAAAGGGUCCCAUUCCACCCCGUCGAAGGUCUUAAAGAGCGCAUCCAAACUGAGAGCGCUUUGAACCAGCCACCUGGCACGUUCGAAAUAUCAGAUCCAGUUGAUCCAGUCAUACCCCGAGAAGGGAUGAGGCAAUACCAAGAUCAAGUGGAUGAAAUCUACAUCCAAAGAUGA